GUCAGCGCGGGGCCGCGACGGCGUGAGGAGGCGCGCGAGUAGGAGGGAGCCGCCGGCCGGGAGCCGCCGCCUGUCCUGCCGCCGCCGGUGCCCGAGGACCAGAUUCAAUCCCUCUGUGGAACUUCUAAACAUCUUUUAUUAGUGGAAACAUUUUCUACACAAUGAAGUCAGCAACUUAAUUUAAACUAGUGUUCGUGUGGUUCUGAUUCAUCUGCUAUGGUUCACAAACCUUGAGAUCUGAGCAGUACAGGGUCUUUUACGAUGACAAUAUGACUAAUAGUAAAGGAAGAUCUGUUACUAAUAAAACAAGUGGUGGUCCAAGUAUUGGAGGAGGUUUUGUAGAUUGGACUUUAAAUUUAAAUACAAUUCAAUCUGAUAAGUUUUUAAAUUUUCUGUUGAGUAUGGUUCCAGUAAUUUACCAGAAAAACCAGGAAGACAGGCACAAGAAAGCAAAUGGUAUUUGGCAGGAUGGAUUAUCAACUGCAGCACAGACUUUCAGUAAUAGAUCUGAGCAACACAUGGAGUAUCACAGUUUCUCAGAGCAGUCUUUUCAUGGCAAUAAUGGGCACACACCAAGCUGUAGCCAAAAGUACGAUGACUAUGCCAACUAUAAUUACUGUGAUGAAAAGGAGACUUCAGAAAUUACUGCCAUGUUACAAGAUGAAGAUAUAUCUAGUGAUGGUGAUGAAGAUGCUAUUGUGGAAACAAACCAAAAACUACCAAAAGAAUCCAGUGGCAUCAUGGCAUUGCAAAUACUUGUGCCAUUUUUGCUAGCUGGUUUUGGAACAGUUUCAGCUGGCAUGGUUUUGGAUAUAGUACAGCACUGGGAGGUGUUCAAAAAAGUAACAGAAGUUUUCAUUUUAGUUCCUGCACUUCUUGGUCUCAAAGGGAACUUGGAGAUGACAUUGGCAUCCAGAUUGUCCACUGCAGUAAAUAUUGGGAAGAUGGAUUCACCCAUUGAAAAGUGGAACCUAAUAAUUGGUAACUUGGCUUUAAAGCAGGUUCAGGCAACAGUAGUUGGUUUUCUAGCAGCUGUGGCGGCAAUUAUAUUGGGCUGGAUUCCAGAGGGAAAAUAUUACCUUGAUCAUUCCAUACUUUUGUGCUCUAGCAGUGUGGCAACUGCCUUCAUUGCAUCUCUUCUGCAGGGAAUAAUAAUGGUUGGGGUCAUCGUUGGUUCAAAGAAGACUGGUAUAAAUCCUGAUAAUGUUGCUACACCCAUUGCUGCUAGUUUUGGUGACCUUAUAACUCUUGCUAUAUUAGCUUGGAUAAGCCAGGGUUUGUACUCCUGUCUUGAGACCUAUUACUACAUUUCUCCAUUAGUUGGUGUCUUUUUCUUGGCUCUAACUCCUAUCUGGAUUAUAAUAGCUGCUAAACAUCCCGCCACAAGGACAGUUCUCCACUCAGGCUGGGAGCCUGUUAUAACAGCUAUGGUAAUAAGUAGCAUUGGGGGCCUUAUUCUGGACACAACUGUAUCUGACCCAAACUUGGUUGGGAUUGUUGUUUAUACACCAGUUAUUAAUGGUAUUGGUGGUAAUUUGGUGGCCAUUCAGGCUAGCAGGAUUUCUACUUACCUCCAUUUACAUAGCAUUCCAGGAGAAUUGCCUGAUGAACCCAAAGGUUGUUACUAUCCAUUUAAAACUUUUUUUGGUUCAGGAGUAAAUAAUAAGUCUGCCCAAGUUCUACUGCUUUUAGUUAUUCCUGGACAUUUAAUUUUCCUCUAUACUAUUCAUUUGAUGAAAAGUGGUCAUACUUCUUUAACUGUAAUCUUCGUAGUAGUAUACUUAUUUGCUGCUGUGUUACAGGUAUUCACUCUACUGUGGAUUGCUGACUGGAUGGUCCAUCACUUCUGGAGGAAAGGAAAGGACCCAGAUAGUUUCUCCAUCCCCUAUCUAACAGCAUUGGGUGAUCUGCUCGGGACAGCUUUGUUAGCCUUAAGUUUUCAUUUUCUUUGGCUUAUUGGAGAUCGAGAUGGAGAUGUUGGAGACUAACAAAUCCUACAAACUGCUCUCAAAUUGCCAAGGAGGAAAACACAAAACAACCACUUACAGCCCUUUUUCAAAACUCAAAUCAGUAGUUUGACUUCUGCCAGGGUAAUCUUCACUUGGCCCUGGUUUAGUUAUAUGGCCUUAACAUUUUUUUAAGGAAUUUGUGUUGAAACCAGAAUGAACAGUAUUUGCUCUGCUUUUCAUAGAAUAAACGAUAAUUUGACAUAGACAUAGAUACAGCUCAAGAUCUGAAAUUAAUUAAAUAAGAAACAAUAUAUAGGUUGUUUACAAUGUGAAAUAAUUUUGAAACCACAAACAGCAGAAAUGUGCUUUAUUAUUGUUUGGCUUGUAAUGCAAGAUUAGAGGAAACAGCUCUAGUUUAGCCUUUUUUUUCUCACAGAUGUGUUAUACUGCAGAGCAUACUAUAAAAUGAAGGGUGCCCAACCAAACUUUUAUAGUUUUAAUUGUGUCCACUUCUGUGCUAGCUGAGGAUAAAUUUACCAAUUACUUGUUCCUAAAUUGACCUAAAUAUGUUCUGCUGAGCAUGAGAUAAACUGACUUUUACCUGCAUCUGAAAUUAUCCUGUGCUACUGCUAAUUUAAUUCCAGCUCUGCAAGUUUUUGGCAGGCUAACUUUUAAACAUAGAAUGAUCUUGAGAGACCCUUAAUGAAAGCAGUGGGUCAUUUUUGACCAUUAAUUUGUUGAAAAAGUGUUGAUCAUUUUCAGAAAACUUAAUAGUCAAAAAUAGAAGAUAACCUAAUCUGCAUUUGUAGAAGCAAGAUGGUAUGGGAAAUUGUGUGUGUGAGAGAGAGACAAAGAGGGAAAGAAGCUUUUGGUGGAGAACUAUACUUGGAUUGUUGGUAGCAGGGAUUAUAGUGCCAUCGGAGUAUCAGCAUUAUAAUUAUUCUUAAACACAUUUUAUUGAUAUGCUUUUAUCAUUUGGUCCAAAAAUUUUGCUACUGACCAGAAUUCAAAAGUACUUGUUACCUAUAUUAUGAUUAAUAGUUACUGGUUAUUAAAAAAAAAAAAAGCUGUACCAUUUAAUAUAAUUAAGGUCAAGGAUUUAGUAUGAGCAAGUGAUUCAUUUGCUCCUUUAAAGAAGCCUACUACUUACCCUUUUAAAAGAGAAGUUGGUGGGUUAUCUCAGUUAUUGUUCAUGCCUAUACCUACCUAUUUGCACAGGCUUAUUUGUACAUGGGACCCUAUCAUAUACACUGAUAUCUUUCUUAAAUAUUUUUCUAAAACUCUACCCUAUAUUCUAAACACUUGACCAACACCUUAAUUUUUCAGUAGGUAAGCAUUUUGUAUCACAUACAGUUCAUUUAAAAAAUGCAGUGCCAUCUCUUAAGACCAUUAGAUGUUUAAUAAUUUAAACUGAUAAGGGAAUAACAAAUAUACAUUAACUUUGACCAUUAUGGUUUAAGUUGUGAGUUGAGUGUUAUUAUAUAAACAGUAGGUUGUUUAUAAAUAUAUUGGAGGAAGUAUUCUUAUUAAGCUCUUAAAAAUAAGGGGGCUGUGAUUUAGAGUUAUAUAUUUUUGCUUACUUUUAAAGUUUAAUUAUUCCAUUCUUCUGCCAUAUAAUGAAGUUUCUAAGGCAGAAAACUGAACUAAUUCUAGAAUUUCUCCUCUGGAGAGUUAUAAUAUCAUAAA